CACGCACGGAACAGCGGUCGGCUGCCUUGUUGCCCUUGGACGUGCUUGCUUCUGCAAGAAACACUCCACCUUCUCUCCCUGUCCAUUCGAUUCCGCAAGUGGUCUCGCUGCUGCCCUUCUCCCUUCUCUUUGUACAUAGAAAGUCGUUUGUAGAAUAGACGCCACCCAGCGAGGAGACCGGACGGAUUCGGCAGGUGUUGGCAACACCAUAGAAUAGACGAAAAGCUGCGGCAUAUAUAUAUACCUCGGGAACGGCUUAUACUUGUUUUUUUCAACGGUAUCUGCCUUGCUGGACCCAAAGCAGAAGCCUAGAAGCAAAGCUAGAUAGAGGUUGCAUAGACUCCGCCGAUUUUCAGCGCAAAACAAUGUUCGACCUCCAAGUCUCUAAAGCCCACUCACCAUGGCUUUCCAACGCCCUACCCCUCCUCUCCCAAACAGCCCCCCUCCUCCUCAUCCGCCUCGCCUUCAAAUCCAACCCAACCGCCUUCCCAUCCCUCUUCUCCGCCGUCCUCGCCUCCGAACUCCUCAAACUCACCACCCUCUUCCUCAUCAACGCCCACCACGAGGGCUUUGCACCUUUCAUAACGCGGUUACCGAACGUGGUAUCCGAUGGUGUGCGACACUACCGAAAGACCGUCGUGCCUGGUGUUUUUUAUACGCUGCAGUGCGUGAUGCAGUAUGUGGCGCUGAGCAGUAUCGAUUGCUUGACGUUUACCAAUGCGUGGCAGGUGCAGCUGCUCCUGACUCGGAUUCUGGCAGUUAGCCCGUUUGCCGGGUUGCGGAAAUGGCAUUCGGAGGUCAUUUUGGCGGUUUCGGUUGUGAAUGUUUGGAUUCUGCGUGGGACGGCUUUGUGGGGCGUCUCGGAGAGUGAGGACGGGCCAGAAGGUGUGGUGGUGGAGGCCGUAGUCGGAAUCGCUGCGUCGCUGGUUUCGGGUCUGUGUGCGGUGUUCGCUGAGCGGGUCGCUGGCGACCGCGCCGUGGAGCCGACGUCGGCAAUAUUCUCAUCGGCAACGGCAUCGGCAUCGGCAUCGUCGUCCUCGGUUUGGAUUACCAAGCUGCAAACCAGCUUUGCAUCCAUCAUCGUCGCGGCCUUCGGCGCCUUACUGUUGGAAUCCUCAUUCAUGCCUGUAGAUCUCACCGAGGGCAUACUCAGUUUGCCCGUGCUUGCGAUCGUGGCGAGUGCGUUUGGUGGGCUGGUUCUUGGGGGCUGUUCUGAUCUCACAGUAACAGAUCCCAGCUUUACCACCAUCGGUACCGUCCUCUUGCCCCUCCUGGCCGCUCUCGCCUCACUUGUCAUCAACGACACGCCUCUCACGAUCGCCACCGCCCUACAAAUACUCAUCCUCGCGCUCACCAACGGCUACCUUCUGAAAUCCUUGAUCAUCAAAGCUGUCACUGAGAACAGGGAUUACAACCCAUUACGGGCGUCGGAAACAAGCACACCCUCCGGCUCGCCACCGAGGGUUAGAAACGUUGACCUAGUUCUGGGGGGGGAAAUCAUCAACAGCCAAAUCGGAAAGCCCACCACCCCAACUGGAAUGAGACGUCUCGUAGAAGGCAGCAUAGCAUUGACUCUAAUCGCAAUAACAUGGCGCGCCCACGCCGCCUCCCUCUACCUCUCCGGCCAUCCCUCCCCCACCUUCUCCUUCGUCCGGCCCCACACUCCCACAACAACCCUCCUCACCUCCCUCCCCAAAUUCACCAUCUCCCCCCUCGCCGAACCCCGCGAGCCCGGUCUGCCGAGUUACACACACCACCCGAUCCACCCUGCCCGCCCGCAGAAUCAGUUCUUUACGCCGGCGUCAUUGGUGGCCGAUAAACCAGUGAUUACGUUGAUGACGGUGACGCAUAACCCCGGGAGAGUGAUUGUGGACGAGACGGCGCGGGCGAUACUGCAGGGGAGCCUCCAGAGUUUUGUGUGGGUUGUUGUGGAUGAUCAUUCCGAGGGGGAUGGUGUGGAAGUUUUGAGGGAGUUGGAAGCUUUGGAUCCGCGUAUUAAGGUCGUCAGGAACACUGGGAGGAGCGGGGUAGCCCAUGCAAGGGCACUGGCGUUAAAACAGGUCCAAACACCCUACCAGGUGUUCAUAGACGACGACGACCUCUUCGAACUCACCGCUCUCGAACAGUCCCUCCUCCUCCUCUCCGCCAACCCACACCUCUCCCUCGUCGGGUUCUACACCAUCCUGUUCGGCGCGUCGCGCACGCAGCGGGAGGUCGGGUUCCAAUCCGGGUCGCAGCAACGGGGUGGGAACAAUAUUCACAUUGGCGCCGUCCACCGCCAUGCCGCGGUGGGGAACUGCACAUUCGACCCGGUGUUUAAUGGAGGUGGGGAGGAUUACGAUUUCUGGAUGUGUAUCGCCAACAACGGACAUUGGGGGGUUACGAUACCCGAGUACAGUUACUGGUACCGGCAGUGGGAGAAACGCGAUAGGGAGUGGACGAUGAUGGGGAGCAAUUUCGACAAAGCUGCGGAGCUCGUCCGGCAAAGGUGGCCCGGGGUGCAGCAAGGUGCGUGGCCGGCUCACGACCCCAUACCCGCUGUGGCGUUCGAGCCGUGGUGGAAGGGGCCGGGGUUUGGUAACAUAUUACAUACAUCCCCGGGAAUGACCGCUAUGGUGCUCCUGGAAUCGUACGCGGACACCCUCGCGACACGCCGCACACUCGCGAUCGUAUCCGACCUCGCGCAACAAGGGUGGCGGGUGACUGUUGCUGCAUUCACAACCGCCGACGACGCCCUCCGUCGCCAUUUCUACAAAUACACCCACGACGUCUUUGUCCUCCCACAUUUCCUGCGCACGGCCCAGUAUCCCGGUUUCAUCGAGUAUAUCGCCCAGUCACGACAUAUCUCCACCGUGCUGGUUGCCGAAUCACCGACGGGGUACGGACUCCUUUCCGCGUUACGAUUGGGGAGUCAAGUCUCCGUGGUGGAUCUUGUGAGGGAGGUGGAUGAAGCCGGAUCAUACGCCGCGUUUACGUACUCCGCAACGCACGGGAGAUAUAUCCACCUAACACUGGCCUCCUCCCUGUCCGUUCGCGCAAAACUCGAAAAGCGGGGACGCACACGGGGCACGCUACGUGUGUCGGCGUGGGGGAUGCGUAACCUUACAUUAGAAACGGGUGGUUCAGCUACCGAGCUCCGUGAACAAGCAAUGAAAGAGGGUGAGAAUGUAUGUCUGAUCGGAUACAGCGUCUCAACAGCACAAUCCCACCUGCUUCGUCCGACGAUCGCGGUCCUCGCAUCCCACAACAUCACCGCCAAACUCGUACCCUUAGUCGGCGAGACGAUGCAGCGUCUCGUGGGCAUGUCCGACCAUUCCGUACGCGUCGAGAACACAGACCUUGCCCGUCGCGCAUGGGUGAAUGCAAGCGAUGUGGUCCUCGUGUUGGGCGAGGAAGGGAGGGAGGCGGCGGUGACUGCCCUCGCGUCAGGCACACCGGUCGUCACGACCGCGACAUCCCUACCCGUGCCCCUCACGCUCGGCUCAGCACGGGACAGUCUCCUCCAGACCCGCGCGACACCGGCACACAUCGCCAAGCGGAUUGUGGACGCGGGCGUCUGCACCCACCGCCGUCGCGUGCCUUCACGUACCGCCCAACUCGCAUUGCACCAGCUCCGACACACCGACGUGGACAGCACACCCGUGCCGGACGUACUCGCGCAGGCGUGGCGGAGUACCCCGGUGGGGGAGGACACGGCGGCAUAUUGGGCUGUGAAGGCUGUUAUUGAGGCGGGGAGGGAAAGUGUGGAUAUUUUGAGGGGGCAGAGGGGGUUGCCGAUGUAUCAGGAGUGAUCUUUGGAGGGGCGUAUGGAUGGGAGUUUUUGAACGGCGUUUUUGUUGUGAUGUGUGUAGAGUCGAUUCGGGACAUUCUGAUGGA